UGAUAAGCUAAAAAGUGCAGCUUACGAACAGCCACGUCUAUUGUUCCUUAUUACUUAUCACGGAGGUUUAAUAACUCAAUUACAGCAUCAUCGUGCACCCAUUAUCAAGACAUGAAUACUUGUGUACUUCAUCUGGUGCCUGCUAGUCUUCCCUCUCCUCAAUUGCAAUUUCAAACGAAUAAGAAGCAUUUCAAGCUUCCUUCUAUUUGGCUAAAACCCAUCUUCAAAUCUUUCCCAAUUGUAGCUUCUGCUUCUUCUUCUGCCUCUUUCCCACCUGCUGAAUUUCCAGCUAAUCCAGAACUACUCCCUGGGACAAAGCCAAAGCGGAAAAGGCAGAUAGCAGGAAUCGAUCAGGAAGAAUUACAAGACCCAGCUAUUCUAGCAGACCCUGAUAGUUGCUUUUGUGAGUUUAAAGGAGUACAGAUACACCAUAAGAUAUAUGAUGCGGAAUCAGUUGCCACAAACUUGUCAGAAGAAGGAACUAGUUUACAACCUCCUUAUGCUAAUAAAAAAGUGAAUUUUCCAAUGAUUUUACUACAUGGCUUUGGUGCCUCUGUUUAUUCAUGGAGUCGAGCUAUGAAACCCUUGGCACAAAUCACCGGAGCAAAAGUUCUGGCCUUCGACAGACCAGCCUUUGGGUUGACGGCAAGGCUGAAUCACGCCAACCAUUCAUCUCGGGGUAGUGAAGACACCAGACCUUUUAAUCCAUACUCCAUGAUAUUCUCUGUGCUGGCCACUCUAUACUUCAUUGACUUCUUAGCAGCUGAGAAGACAAUUCUUGUGGGACACUCAGCUGGUUGCCUUGUAGCAGUUGAAGCAUAUUUUGAAGCUCCUGAGCGAGUUGCUGCCCUGAUACUUGUCGCCCCAGCAAUUCUAGCACCCCUGAAUUUAGGGCCUGGAGCUAAGGACAAUCCAAGUGGAAAAAGUAACCAGACUGAAGGCGAGGACUUGGAAGUGAACUCUAAAGGGAAUUGGUUUACCAAGUUUUUCGGCUUUUUCUCAAAGUUAUCCCAAUAUCUUGGACAAGCAAUAAUCCGUUUGGUGACAGGGAUGGGAGAUAUGAUAAAUUCUUUAUAUAAGAAAGCUUUAUCUGCGUUCUUGCGUUCUGCCAUUGGUAUAAUGUUGGUCAGAAUGAUAAUUGAUAAGUUUGGCUUAGCUGUUAUUAGGAAUGCUUGGUAUGAUCCUAAGCAAGUUGAUGAUCAUGUCUUGCAAGGCUAUACAAAGGCUCUCAGAUUAAAAGAUUGGGAUAGGGCUCUGGUGGAGUAUACUGUGGCUAUGCUUACAGAUUCUGCCUCUGAAUCAAAACCACCACUGUCGAAGAGACUGAGCGAAAUCUCAUGUCCUGUUCUGAUUGUCACUGGUGAUAGUGAUAGGCUUGUUCCGCCAUGGAACUCUGAAAGACUUUCACGGGCCAUUCCUGGAUCUUUUCUUGAAAUAAUCAAGAAUUGUGGCCACUUGCCCCAUGAAGAAAAGGUAGACGAAUUUGUAUCCAUUGUUGACAGAUUCCUUGAAAGAGUUUUUGGGGUGCAAAAAGAGCCUCAUCUGCAACCAGCAACUUGAGAUUGAUACUUUAUCUAGUUCAACUUGGCCAGGAUUGACAUCUAUUGGAAGAUCAUUAAGUUUGAGACAGGAACUGCCUACCUUAGUUCAAGGAAAGCAUUAAGCUCUUUGCAAACAAUACUCAAUCCUAUAAACACCUAUCAUUUCAUCCUAUAUAUGAAUAUGGUGGUAGCUUAUAGUUUAAGUAAACAUCUAUUUCUUUAACAUCUAUUUCUUUGAUCACCCUCGAGACUAGGACAAAGUUCUGUAAUGUGAUAUAAUACAUUAUGUAUAUUGAGAGUUGUAAAAUUUUACUAUAAAUUUGUUCCAGAGUAGCUGAAA